AGUAGUCACUCAUGGACAACAUAGUCGAAUCCUUGAACAGCGCAUAUCAAGAGUUCAUAUUGGCAGCCGCCAGCACUUUAGAGGCAAAAGAAACUUCCGGCGGCCAGAAAACUCCGGCCACCGAUGCUGCCCUCGAAAACUUCAAGCAGCGUUGGGAGCUCUUUAGAGUUGCCUGUGAUCAAGCCGAAGAAUUUGUCGAGUCCGUCAAGCAGAGAAUAGGGUCUGAGUGUCUUGUCGAUGAGGCCACGGGCCCUAUAACUAAUAAGCCGGGCCAGCCCAGCUCGAGUGGUCUUCCGCCCAUUAGUGCCGUCCGUUUGGAGCAGAUGAGCAAAGCCGUUAGGUGUCUGGUGAUCGAAUUGCAGCAAGGGUCGGGAGCUGGAGGAGGCUCGGGACAUCCCAGCUCGAAUGCCCCUUUUGAUGCUCGGUUUACUGAAGAUGCUGCCCAAUAGGCAAUUCUCUUUGGGCACUUACGGUAAAAAGGCUCAAGGCUAGUGUGAAGUAUUUUAAAGCAAGUUCCUCUUUAGCCUUGGUAGUUAUUGAGGUGGCCUUCUUUUCAUAGGCACACACUGGCACGCGUAGUGUGUGUUCGGCAUGUAGUUUGAUGUUGCAGCUAUACGACCAAUAUCCAUCGAGGAUUAUUUCAGUUUUAAUUAAAAUAUAUUACAGUCUGAUGUUCAUCGUAAUUCUUGGAUAACGGACAAAUUUGAUUUUAUGUUAUUUCAAAGUUCAAGCAUGGUGAAUAUACGUGACAUGAUUCACAAUGAGGCUGUUGCAGGUUUUUGUUACAUGUGUAAGUUAAACGUGUUCUUUGACGAGGUUUCCAAAACCGUGAAAUUUUGUUUGUAAAAUUUAUUAUGGCGUAGUCACAUGGUUCAUUCGUGGCGAAUUUGG